AUGGCGACCAGUUUGAUGACCGGUGAGGGUCUGGGGUCCGAGGCGAUGGCGCCGGAGUUGGAGGGCACCGGCUGGGAGGCCGAGGAGGCGGCGGCUGGUCUAGAGGAAGGUUUGUGCCAAGGUGAAGAUUCAUGCAGUGAUUGUAGCAAUGAUGAUAAGACAGGUACUAGUUUACAAAGUGUUAUGCUAGAAGGUAAAACACUUUUCCCUGAAAUUUUCCAAACAAGUCAACUUCUGUUCUACGAGAGAUUCAGAGCCUAUCAAGAUUACAUUUUAGCUGACUGCAAGGCCUCCGAGGUUAGAGAAUUCACGGCUGAGUUCUUGGAGAAGGUCCUUGAGCCAUCUGGAUGGCAGGCAGUGUGGCACACCACUGUGUUCAAGGUGCUGGUUGAGGUCACAGAUGUAGACUUCACGGCGUUGAAGGCUGUGGUGAGGCUUGCCAAGCCGUAUCUCUGUGAGUCACAAAUGAGCACUUUCACCACUGAGUGUAUGAACGAGCUUCUAGACCUGAAGCAACAUCAGCUGCCCCUGCAGGAGCUGUGGGUGGUCUUCGACGAGUCCGGACUGUUUGACCAGACAGCGCUUGCAGUAGAGCAUGUCAGGUUUUUCUACCAAAACAUUUGGCGGAGCUGGGAUGAAGAAGAGGAAGAUGAGUAUGAUUAUUUUGUCAGAUGUGUCGAACCUCGAUUGAGAUUGCAUUAUGACAUCCUUGAAGACCGAGUUCCUUCAGGACUAAUUGUUGAUUACCGCAGCCUGCUGUCUCAAUGUGAGGAGAGUUACACUAGGUUUUUAAAUCUGAGAAGUAGUUUGUCAAGUUGUAACUCUGAUUCUGAGCAGGAAAACAUUUCAAUGGUGGAAGGGUUAAAAUUAUAUUCUGAGAUCGAACAGUUGAAACAAAAGCUAAAACUCAUUGAGAAUCCUUUAUUGAGGUAUGUGUUUGGUUACCAAAAAAAUUCUAAUAUCCAAGCAAAGGGCGCCCGAGUGAGUGAACAUAAGGUCACUCACAUAGUCUCCUCUGCCAUGAUGACUGGUCUACUGCAGGCCCUGCUAAGGGACAAGCUUUGCCAGGAACCUUAUAAGGAAGAAAUGGAAAUUCAGUUUUAUAGUGAUCCGUUGUCAGCUAUAAAUGCCUGCUAUGAAGGUGAAACUGUUAUUAUUUGUCCUGGCCACUACAUAGUGCAUGGCACAUUCUCCAUUGCUGACUCCAUUGAGUUGGAAGGAUAUGGUCUACCAGAUGACAUUGUAAUAGAAAAGAGAGGCAAAGGAGACACUUUUGUGGAUUGUACAGGUGCCAAUAUUAAAAUCUCAAACAUAAAAUUUGUUCAGCAUGGGGCUAUAGAAGGAAUCUUAAGCAUUCACCAUGGCAAGACUACAUUGGAAAACUGUGUACUGCAGUGUGAAACUACAGGAGUCACAGUGCGCACAUCAGCAGAAUUGUUAAUGACCAACUCAGAUUUGUAUGGUGCCAAGGGUGCUGGGUUAGAAAUAUAUCCUGGGAGUAAAUGUACCCUGAGUGACAAUGGAAUCCAUCAUUGCAAGGAAGGGAUCCUCAUUAAGGACUUCUUAGAUGAGCAUUAUGACAUUCCCAAAAUAACAAUGGUGAAUAAUAUCAUACAUAAUAAUGAAGGUUAUGGUGUUGUACUGGUAAAGCCUACAAUCUUCUCUGACCUACAAGAAAAUGUCCAAGAUAGACCUGAAGAAAACAAAGUGCUUAGAAAUCAGACAAGUGGAGAGGUAGAUGCAGCUGAAAAAGUGGAUUUAGAAGAACUGAUUCACUGUGCAGCUGGUAAACAGGAGCUGUAUGCAAGAUCUGACCUUUCUGAGCAAGUUGAAGGCAAUUGUGAAAUUGUAAAUGAACUUGUUGCUGCCUCCUCGAAGAAGGGCCAGAUGAAAAAGAAAAGGUUGAGUGAACUGGGAAUCAUGCAAGCCGAUGACAACCUAAUGUCACAGGAGAUGUUUAUUUCUAUCGUGGGGAACCAAUUCAAGUGGAAUGGGAAAGGGAGUUUUGGCACAUUUCUAUUCUGA